CCCAAAGACCCCCUCCCCUCGAAAACCAGAAUGAACGAGAUCAGGACACCCUCUCCCAAACCCAUUGUGGUCAUAAUCUGCCCCCCCGAAGAUGGACACACGAGACCGUUGCUCCCCCACGCCACGCACCUGAUCAAACAAGGAUACGUGGUGCACUUCAUCGGUGGCGUCAACUUCGAGGAAGCGAUCCGAUCAACCGGCGCAACAUACCACCAUGUACCCAGCGUCCUCACUGCGGAGCAAUUCCAACAGCAGCAGGCCCUGGAAGGCCCGGCGCAAUUCAUCUUCGGGAUCAAGCACAACUUCAUCGACCUGACCCCCGUCGCCAUGAAAGCGCUGCAGCGGGUGCUUGAGACCAUCCGCGAGGAGAACCCAGAGCGCGAGGUGGUGAUCCUGCAGGAGUUCGUGUCGAUGGCAGUCUGGCCGUUCCUGCUGGGCGCCCCCUUACCGAAGGGCUACAACCGAUUCCCGAAAGUCAUCACGCUGUCGACCGUCCCUUUGACAGUCUCAAGCAUCGACACUGCGCCCUUCGGACCGGGGCUGCCGCCGGAUUCCAGUGAUGAAGGGCGCAACCGGAACGCCGCGAUGUAUCAAGCGAUGGAGGGGAUAGGGGCCGAGCUCAUCGCGUAUGCGGACGCGGUGUACUCAGACCUAGGCGCCACAUCGCGUAUCCCCACCAAAGUACUGAUGGACUUCUGGGCCACCGGCGCCGAUCUGCUGCUACAGCCAUGCAGCCCCAGCCUGGAGUACCCACGGAGUGACCUGUCGCCGAAGAUCCGCUUUAUUGGUGCCAUGCCGCCGCCUCCGUUGGCAGCGACGAUAGCGCUCCCAGCGUGGUGGGGGGAGCUUGUGGCGGCGAAGCAGGCCACGCCGCCCAAGAAGGUGGUUUUCGUGACGCAGGGAACCUUUAUUCUGGAUUACCGCAUGCUUCUCAUACCCACCAUUCAAGCCUUGGCUGGAAACGAUCAGUACCUGGUCGUCGCGGUUCUGGGAAAGAAGGGCGCCGCGCUCGAUGAUGACGUGAAGCUUCCGGAGAAUGCCAAGGUGGUUGAUUAUUUAUCGUACGAUGCAAUUCUCCCGUACGCGGAUGUCUUUGUAACCAACGGGGGUUACGGAGGGUUCCUCCACGGCGUCAUGCACGGGGUCCCCAUGGUCAUAGCCGGAACGGGCCAAGACAAGGCCGAGGUGUCCAUGCGCGGCGAAUGGGCUGGAAUCGCAGCAAACCUCAGAUCGAACACGCCGAGUAUUGAGGACAUUCGAGAAGGCGUUACGAAGGUUAUCGGGGAUGACCGGUUUAAACGACGGUGCUUGGCUAUCAAACAAGAAAACGAGGAUCUUGCGUGCUUUGCACAAGUAGAGCGCUACAUUAACGAGAUAGUAUAG